GCAGCUGGUCCCGGUCCUCCCCGCCGGUCCCGAUCCUCUGGAGGCCUCGGGCACCGGCAGCAGUUGCGCGGGGGGCGACGACGAAGGGGGCCGCGGGGGGCCGGGGCCGUCGCUACCGCUCGCAGCCCCCGCCGGCGCGAUCUAAAGAAGACUCCUUAUCCUUCAGAAGUAGCAUGCUCACAGUCUUCCUGGCCAAUGAUUCUUCUACAGCAAGCAGGACUUCUUCCUCAUCCUGAGAAGCCUUCAUCUCUUCCUAUGUCAGUGGCUACAAGGACAAGAGCCAGCUCACCACUCUCCCCACCAAAAUCUCUCGGACUGGGGCCUUCCUUUCAUCACACACAAGAAGAAGAGCUUGCAAAGGUGGUGGAGCAGGACCCUAUGCUGGAAGAACUGUGUAAGCCUCUGUGCUGUAAGCUUUGCAAUGUCACUCUGAAUUCAGCACAACAAGCCCAGGCACAUUACCAGGGUAAAAACCACAGUAAGAAGCUGCGUAAUUACUAUGCUGCCAACAGCUGCCCGGCACCUGCCAGAAUGAGUAAUUCAGUUGAGGCUGCCCCACCUCAGGUUGUCUCCCUUCCAGCUCAGAUGGGAACCAGUAAACCAGGUGGCCGAGUGAUCUUGGCCACAGAGAAUGAUUACUGCAAGCUUUGUGAUGCCUCGUUUAGUUCCCCGGCUGUGGCACAGGCUCACUACCAAGGGAAAAACCACGCCAAGCGGCUGCGGCUCGCGGAAGCGCAGAGUAACUCAUUCUCGGAUGCAUCAGAACUAGGCAAACGAAGGGCGAGAAAAGAAGGGAAUGAAUAUAAGAUGAUGCAGAACAGAAGAAAUAUGUAUACAAUUCAAAACAACACAGGUCCCUACUUCAAUCCGCGCUCACGCCAGAGGAUUCCUCGGGAUCUGGCCAUGUGUGUUACCCCCAGUGGCCAGUUCUACUGCUCCAUGUGCAACGCCGGGGCCAGCGAGGAGAUGGAGUUCAGACAGCACCUGGAGAGCAAACAGCAUAAAAGCAAAGUUUCGGAGCAGCGGUACAGGAGCGAGAUGGAGAACCUCGGCUAUGUGCAGUGACGCACCACCCUUGGCAGUAGUUUGCAAAUAGAGCAGCUUGUCUCUCGCCUGCUGUUUGCCACAUGCCCUGCUUUGUGCUCCAUUUGAGAGGAGUAUGCUCUUGAGCUAUACGUGUAACACCUGCAAACUUAAUGGUAUGGUUAGAUUUUUUUUCUAUCGUAGCUGGCAGGAUGAUGCUGUGCAGGAUAUGAAGUGUUUUUGAUGUUUGUUUGCUAAUUAUCUAAGGCUCAUCAUUGUAUUGAGUGGCGGGGAGGACUUUGUUUUCUCCCCAGCCUUCUGCAUGAAUAUGCAAAGCCCAAGAAGUGCUGGGAACUUCUGUGGUUUUACCAUGCGAGUGGACCAUGUGCAAAGCCCACUCUCUUCUUUGCACACCACAAAGCAGUGCUCCAGAAUGCCUCCCUAUGGCAGACUGAACCUCUGGGCAGAUUGUAAGAGAGGGGCAGGAAUGGGGCCUGUGAAUGUGUGAAUUAGGUGGUGUACUUGUCCACAAAUUGCUGCCAUUACAGCCCAGAGUAGGUUCUUUCCACAUCCUUGUAGAAAGGCUAUGCAUACCUCUCUCAUUGGAGGGUCUUGCCUCUUACCCUGCUUCCUCUGCGAUGCAGAUUUCAUGCUGAAUGUCUGACACUAGAUAUCAGAUGACUAGCCCCAUUCAGAAAUAGUCUCUUCUUCCAAUUAACGGUGAAAAAAGAUUCUAAGUGGUGUUGGCUGGGCACCUUAAUGCACUAUGGCUGUAGCUGAUCUCCCUGAAGAGAGUCUGUGGGGAUCUCAGUGGCUUAGUGAAGUAAACCAGAAAGCAAACCUGCUCAGAUGAGAUGUGCCCUGCUCUCAUUCUGCCUUAGACUGAGUAGGCUUGAGAACAGGUUGGAAGAAACUAUCAGCUGUAAUUUCUUUGCAUACUAAUGUAGAAGAGAACAAGUGUUGGUCUCUGGCCUGCAGCUCUAUUGCUCUGGGAGAGCAGGACUGCCUGGACCUUAGGGAGCAGAUAUAUGUGUCCUACUUCCAUGCCAUUGCCUGGACAAAGCCCAGCGGGUGUUACGGAGGAGAGCUGAAAUGCUCCUUUAGACUAGAGCUACCACUGGAUGCUUUUCUCCCCUGCCCCACUCUUUCCCAUUUCAGGAUGUUUUUCAAUUCCUUUCCUUGAUGUGAACUUCAUAGGGAGCAUCAACUUAACUGGACCAUAAAAAAUCCAAAGGUAGGAUGUAAAUGUCAGGAGUGAUGGUUGUUUCAGCAAUAGGUUUUUGGCCAUGAAGAAUUCGUGAAAGUUAAGCAGCUUUGUAAGUGCAGACAAACUAAAAGGUGUGUGCCUGUUUUGAUUUUACUUAACAAAUUAGAAGGGGGAUAAAGAACAGAAAUAAGGCUGACAUUUAUUUUUCUCCUCAUUUGGGUAGAUGUGAGUGAUAGGAAUGCAGUUCACAAUGUUUCUAAAACAUUGGUUCCAGUGGCAAGUGCAGCUCACAGGCAACCACUGUUGGACCUGAUGCCCCACUGUGCUGCUCCAGCCAUAUGCUGGGAGAGCUUCACUGACUGGCAGGUGCAGGGAGGGGGAAGAGGAGGCAUCAUGUGUUGUUUCUCACCCCAGUUCAGGCAGUGUGUUGAAUUAGAUGUAGCUCUGCUGGUUUCAGUAGCAUUUUAGCAGGAAUGAAUUUUACCUAGUGCAUAGUGUUGAAGGUAGCUCCAGCACUCCCCCUCCUUUUUUUUCCAUUCUGAUCAUGCUUCUUGCAUUCCAGAAGGACUUUUUGCUUGCCUUAAAACAUGAAAAAAUGAGUAAACUAUCAAAAAAUCCAGACAGUUUUAAUUCAUCUUUCUAGUCCACCUCAAAAAGGUUUGUUGCACUUGGCUACUCCUCAGAAACUGAAUAUUGUUACCUUUAGGUACCUGAGCAUCAGGUAGCCAUACUACCUUAAUCCAGCCUCCCUAAAUCCAGGCAAAGUGAGCUCUUGCACAGUAGUCAGAAGCAGUCAUAGAAUGGUAGGGGUUGGAAGGGACCUUCAGAGAUCAUCCAGUUCAACCCCCCUGCAGAAGCAGGGUCACCUAGAUCAGGUCACAUAGGAACAGUCCUCUACAUCAUUCCAUGCUGAUCCUUGCUCUGCAGGUACAAGCAGAGCAAUGGACAUCAUCUUGAAUUCCCCUCCCUUGUGCAAAGCCCAGUUAGAAAGGGUUUGUGGAGUAUAUGAGAAGAUAGGAGGACAGGCACCAUGGUUGCAAAGCCCUCACUGAACAGUCUUGACAGCCUGUGAGUGUUUCUUCUGUGCUUUCCUGCCCCUGGCUCACCCUCUGUGCAGUCAUGAAGAGCAUCCCCCUCGUAAACAUCUCUCACCAGCCUUUUCCCCUCAUCUUUUGCAGUCAAAGAAGGGCUCUGAUUUUCUCUUUGUGCUCUGUCUUUUUGGUUUUUCUGGUCUGACACCACUGUGCAGGGGUGCAGGGAACUGGAUGAGCCUUACUACAGUGUGCUUCACCAGAGUGAUCCCUGCGUUAUGGUUAAACAUCUCUCUUGCUGUAAAUUAAAUGUGGCAUUUCCCCCAGGCUGCAAUUAGCAGCAGAAAAACAACACUGUGAAAUAUGAGCUGGAGGUACUGGUGUUGCCUGGCUUAUUGCCAGGACUGAGAAGGUAUCUUUGUCUGCUCUCAUGUAUCCCAAAAAUUAUCUAUUGACCACUUUGCUUUGGUUGCUGCUCCUGCUCCCAGCCCAGUGAUCUGCUCCUCGUUUGGCAUUUCCAGUGACUGCUGGAGGGUUCAAAACUUGGUUUGCUCCAGGUGCCGUUGCCUCCUGGUGACAGCUGCUGCAGAGGUGCCACAGCACAGCAGUUUGGCAGCACAUUCCAGAGCUACAGGGGCUGUUCCUGCUGGCUUCUCUCUGCAUGAGGCUCAGUCUGGUUUGAAGGAAUGCCUUGAGUCUGUCUGUGCGGAGAGGCUUGUGUCUGCUUUGUUUUUUGUUGAAGGAAGCGCAAGAAGUGAAUGGCAGUUACAUAGCAGGUAUGUGGGACGUAUAAAACAGACAGUGGGACUCGAGCAACAAGAAGAGGACAGGGUUUCUACAUAGGAGGAAAGAGAUUUCUUUCUGGAAGAAGCAGCUGAGACUCACUUUGCUCCACUGCUUGCUUGUGGCCCUUCCCUACCAAAGCUUUCCUCUCUCUCUUAAGUAUUGCUUAACACUUUCUGAUCUUCCCAUUUUCCUUCCAGCAUAGGAAACUCUUGACUGCAAAGAGAAAACACCUCACCUCAUUCAUACCAGUAGGAUUUGCGCCAAUCCAAGCUCAUACUUGUCAGCAUGAGAAACUGGGUGGAUCCUCAUUUUGGGUUUUUUUGUGAAAGCUGUUCUCCAAAUCAGUGUUCAAAACACAUAAUGGAAACAUGUCCUGGCUAAGCCUUAUUUGACAUAGAUGGGCUGGGAAGAAUACUGUUCAGCUGUGGUACCAUUUUCUAGACCCAAGGUAUCUUUUCUCAUAUUAAACAAAGUACCAAACCCAAGAAACAGGACUUCUGUGAAGCUGUUACAUUGGCCAGUAGGUUAAUGACCUUUGCUGCUAGAAACAAACUAUAAAUCAGUGUGUUCAUAUUUAUUUUACUGUGCUGACCACUAAUUGAUUUGUUAAUAUUUAAGGCAUUAUUCUGUAGGUUGUUUUUGUUUAAAUAGGAAAUUCUACAUUGCACUUUGCUUUUGGAUCAGAACAGGUAUUUAUUAUAUUUGUGAAAAUGUUUUUCUCCCUCAUAUGUAUCAUUUUCUUACCCUUGAUGCAAAAAAAAACCCAACCAAUAAAACCCGCCCCCAAACAAAACAAAAAGAGAAACCCAAGCAGUGAAUCUUCUUUGUUUCUUUUCAUGCCAAACAGAAUGGGGAUUUCCUCACAACUCACUCUUAAAUGUCCAUUUCUAAUUGCUUCUCCCCCCCCGCCCCCCGAUGGUUCCUUUGGUAAGUUGGGGUAUUUUUAGAGACACAUAAAGUUCAUACUACAUGUAAGCAUUUCUUUUAAGGCAAGGAAGUAAACUGUGUGGAAUCCAUGUAUUUGUGAGGAAUAUGAAAGUGAUACUAUUCUGUUUGUAUUAAGCAUUAGCUGUUAUUCUGCAUUCUGCAGUAAUGAGUAAAUGUGUUACACUCUUGCCUAACACUGGUCUAUUUUUGACUUUUUGUUUUCUUCAUGUACAUCAAAAGGAACCCUGCAAACUUCUGUGGAGUUGCUUAGGAUGAUCAUCAGUGUAAAAAAUGCAGAUUGUUUUUUCUGUAAAGCUGCUUGUCUUUUUUUCCUUUUCUAGAUGCCCAUUAUAGGGCACUACAAGGGAAAGCUAUUGCCAUAAGCACGGUUCAUAUUUUAGCUUAACUAAUGCAUGAUGUCCUUUUGCUGCAUUACUGAAGUAAUACUCUAGCUGUAACCAAUGGGAAUCAUGCCCAAAUCAGGAGUAAAUGAAAUACCCUAGCUAAGUGUAUUGUGUUGGCUAGGGCCAGGCAAAGCACUUUGCUAAAGUUUGUCUCGGGUUAAGUUUGGGUAGCCCAAACUUUGCUUGGGUUGCAACAUUCUGAAGGCUUUGCUUUUUUUGAAGAAUGUGUAUCUUGUUCUGUAAGGAUAUGGUCCUGCUCCAGCCAAAAUAGCUUGAAAUACAUUGACUUCAGAUGAGUAGGAGCAAGCCUUGAAACCCUUCAGGAAUUUCAUACUGAUGAUGUUUUCUCUUUUAUGUGGUCUUUAAAAAAACAUUUACAACCAUGUGUACAAGGAUGCUCUGGAUGUGAUGGACAUCUGUUGCUGAUUAUGGAAAAGCAAAUGCCAUGGUUGCCAAAGGAUUGACAGAAAAUGGAGAGGUAUGGACCUGGUUUAGUUGAAGUUAGUGGCUAAGCUCCAAUUGUUUUGAGCUGGGCUGGCUGCUUUAGCAUCUGCUUAAAGUUGGAAGUGAAAAUAAAAUCCCCUUUCAAAUAAAUGUAGUCAAACAGUAGUUCUGGGAGUCUCUCCUUUCAAAAGUAUAUCACAGCUAAAACAAUAUCUUUUUUUUUUCCCUGAAGUAUGUGCAGAUAAAAGCAGGGUUUAAUUUCUAGAAAUAAAAUCACUUUUUCAGUCUGGAUUUUGACAAAGAAAAAUUACUUGAUUUAAUUUCCAUCUGCAUCUGUCCAGCAACAUCAUUUGCAAGUGCUUUGAAUGUAUUUCAUCUAGAGCCUUCUUGUCAGAUUGAUUUUGUACAUUUGUCCUUAUUUUCUUUAUAUUGUACUGACCCCUGUGAGGGAAUAGUUGAUGAAAAUGAUUUUUUUUCUUCCUUUUCUUUUUUUUUCUUCUUCAGUAUGUAAUAAAUCAUCUUGCUCUUA